AUGAUGGCUCCUGAGGCUAAAAAGCAGUGUUGUGAAUCUUUACCUUUCGAUGUACUUAGCAAUCUUCCAGAGAAUGUAAUUGAUAUCAUUUUGAUGUGUUUGCCGUUUAGAGAUGCGGUGAGGACUAGCAUCUUAUCAAACAUAUGGAGAUAUAAAUGGUGCCGACUUCCUGAGUUGACACUUGAUGAUGCUUUUUGGAAAACUAAGAAUAACUUAAUAUGCCAUACGACUGCAAUUACCAAGAUUAUCUACCAUAUUUUGAUAUUUCAUGAAGGACCAAUUACAAAGUUUACACUCUGUGUUCCUAAGUCAAGAAGUUGUCCUAUGAUCGAUGACUUGAUAUAUUUCCUCGCAAAAAAUGGCAUUCGGGAUCUUGUGCUUAAACUUCCAUUCAAGAGUGAACCAUACGAAUUGCCACCUUCAUUUUUCAAAAGCUUGCAGUUGAGGAAUUUGAAUCUCCAGAAUUGCUUAAUACUUCGUCCACCAACCUUCAAAGGACUUGAUAGGUUAAUUAGGUUGGAACUAUGUGAAGUUUCAAUUUCUUCCGAGGAGCUUGGAAGUUUAAUCUCUCAUUGCUUGUUGCUUGAGCAUUUAGUGUUGUAUAUUGCCGAGACGUACAGCAACCUCAUUGAAAUUAAUGCUCCCAGGCUGAAAUCAUUUUACUUCGCAGGCAGUGUGAGAUCUAUCUUUUUAAAGAAUAUCCCUCUUCUUGCAAAGCUUUUACUUGCAUCUAGCGACACCGAUUAUUUCGGGGAAGAAAAAUGGGAUAUUGCAAAGUUUUUCGAGUCGUUUGAAUCUUUUUCUGCUCUCGAGCAUAUAUACUUGAAUAUGUUAUUUGCUGCAGAAGCAAGUGAAGUACCAACGAGGCUUCCCUUUAGUCUUAACAGUGUCAAAAGACUUGACAUUAGUGUUGAUCUUUAUAACUCGGUUGAGGUGUCAUGUGCUCUUUGCUUGAUAAGAAGCUUCCCGUAUUUACAAUAUAUGGAUAUUUCGGAGGCUUAUCCUAAAUAUGAUAUAGAAGAAGCUUAUCAAGUAGAAUUUACCUCGGAUGUGACGUUUAAUCACCUAAGGGAAGUUAGGCUAACACUUGCUAGUGGCUCAAUCAUCGAGAUGCAGCUUGCCAAACUUCUGUUAGCCAAUUCUCCCAUGCUAGUGAGAAUGCUCUUCGCGUCGUGUGUAGUUAAAGCAUCUGCUGCAGUCAAAAAACUCGCUGCUGAGUUAACAACAUUUCAGCGUGCAUCACCUAAAGCAGAGGUGUCCUUCAUCGAAAACUAGUACAUGAUUACAGUCCUGUUUACUGAUCUUCUUCAGA